AUCUUUUUUUUUCUCUUUUAUAGUCUAUUAUGUCCUAUAAUGGAGGGGCUGUAAUGGCCAUGAAGGGGAAAAACUGUGUGGCCAUUGCAUCGGACAGACGGUUUGGAAUUCAGGCUCAGAUGGUGACCACAGACUUUCAGAAGAUUUUCCCCAUGGGAGACAGACUAUAUAUUGGACUGUCUGGGCUUGCCACAGAUGUGCAGACAGUGGCCCAGCGGCUGAAGUUCAGGCUGAAUCUCUAUGAGCUGAAGGAAGGCAGACAGAUCAAGCCCCAGACUCUCAUGAGUAUGGUGGCCAACCUACUCUAUGAGAAACGGUUUGGACCCUAUUACACAGAGCCAGUUAUUGCUGGCCUGGACCCCAUAACUUAUGAACCUUUCAUCUGCUCUCUGGACCUGAUUGGUUGUCCCAUGAUAACAGAUGACUUCGUUGUCAGUGGCACCUGCUCAGAGCAGAUGUAUGGCAUGUGUGAGUCCCUCUGGGAGCCUGACAUGGAGCCAGACCACCUCUUUGAAACGAUCUCACAGGCUAUGCUGAAUGCAGUGGACAGAGAUGCUGUGUCUGGCAUGGGUGUGGUAGUGCAUAUAAUUGAAAAAGACAAGAUCACCACCAGGACACUGAAGGCACGCAUGGACUAGCUGUGGAAGCUUGUGCUUGUUUCACAUACCAGGUUAUUUUUUAAAUAAACUCUCUCCAUUAUUGUAUGGGGCUUGCUUGCUCUUGAGUCAAUAUGCUAUAGGGAGAGAAUGUAGGCCUGAUGUAACAAAUACACUUAUUACAAAAUAAGUGCAUAACAGGAGAAUCUGGCUGUAUUCACUCUGCAGUACCCCUCACCACAAUGAGGUGGCUUGGUUUUCAGCUAUAUAGUUAGAACUGAGUUCACUAUCAUCCAACCUGGGGAAUACUAAGAGUAGUGGUAAACUGCUGAAGCUGUGGCUUUUCCAGGGUAGGGCAGUAGUGCACACAUUCAAAGUGAGAUUCUUACAAAACAGCUAGUAGGGGCCUGUUCAGAAGCAAACAGUAUUUAUUUUUUCAACUUGGAUUAUAGCUGUAAAACUGUACUUGGAAUUGCAGCAGUAGCAGAGGCUAGGAAUCUGAUUUUGCAUGGCUUGGCUACAGUAAAAACAGGCACACCAGGAAGAUAAGAACUUUAGACAAUGAUGUACACAAACUUUUAAUUUUAUUUUUUUUCUGGCUGACACUCAUCUUGUAACAUGCAUGCAUUUCAAAACAGUAAGUUUCUCAAAUUGCUCCUAGCAAACAGACAAGCACAGAGGACUUGAUUCCUAUUUAAAAAAAACAAACUGCAGUGAAAAUCUAGAAUGCUCCAUUUUUUGAGUUUGAUUUAUUCACAUUUUUUCAGUUGCACUGAUUAGCCCCACCCCUGACCUGUGUGUAAUAAGCUCAUUUAACACAGCUCAAUCCAAUUGCAUUUAGUAUCAUACAUCUUAAAGAACAGCACAAGAUCAGAGUGGUAAACUUAAUCCCCUCUAAUCAUAGAUGAUUGAAAGCUGGGUUUCCCCUACUUUUACUACACAAUUCAUUACACAUGUCAAGAAAAGUCAGUCAUGGCUAAUAUCAUGGAUGCUGGAAAAUAAGCUCUCUAAGGAGGACAGGAGCUGGUAGGCAAGUUGGAAUUGGUGCAUUGAAAGGAGGAGAGGAGGGUUUUGCAAUUUGUUUUCAAAUUGUUACAACAACGUUUUGAAUCAUUAGUUAUAGGACGGUGUAACCAGAAUUUCAGCACACACACCUCGAGCUUUGAAAUGUUUGUUUAUACCACAAGUUUUAAACACACUCCAACCUUUCCACAGCAACCAGUGGGGCACCUCUGCACAGUAAGUACAGGAUAGGGAGUCCUUCAUAUGUUUAGGCCAGAAUAUAAAUCACCGAGCAAAAGACUUUCUCCAUAAUUAGUCACACUAUUUUAUGCCUCUACCUGGGGUUAGAACACUUGAAGGCAGUUCUGAUAGCCACUGGCAGGAAAAGCAGUCAUUCUUUGCCCAGAUGGGCAAAGAGCAAGCACCCCUCAUUAUUAAAAACACUUAAUUUUGACUGACAGUAAAAAUUAAAUCAAGUUAGAUUUCCUGGAAGUGGAAGAGCAGGCCCUUCAUCAUGCUAUAAAGUCUGUAUCCACCUCAAAAGUGCAUUGUCUUACAUAAAGAAAAUUGCAUGCCAUCCCAUAUUUAAACAAACAGCAACAUCUUGAAUAUUUUCAUAACGUCCUUGGUCCUAUCCAGUAUUUUCAGCUGAAAAUUCCAAGGCCAUUUGACCCCUCUGGGAUUAAGUCAAACACCAGUUGACCUUUUUUAAGUACACUCCCACUCCCCUAGAGCUUCAUAAUUAGCUACAGCAACUACAAUCAAAACUAGGGUGUCAGUAGAGGCACUGUAUUAAGUGAUAAGUAGAAAAAAUUAUUUAAUAUGAGGAAGGAAACAAUCAUACACAGGGCUUCUUUGAGAAGUGAAUUCCAUAACCUCCCCUGCUGCCACUCUUGUAGGUGUAUGACAAGGACAGACAGUCUGUACGCAAAAGAAACCAGAAACUGGUCAGGUAGGAUUAGGCCCAGUGCAACAAGCAAGAGAGAGAUGCUCCUGCCCUGAUUAAUUUUUCCUAGUUAAGGAAUAUUUUCCCUUCCAGCCCAUACCUCACUAUCUUCCAGCUCCACCCUAGCUUUUUUCCUUUUUGCUCAGCAUUCUCUAGAAAAAAAAAUAUAGCAUGUUAGAAAAGAGACUUCCUGCCAUUUGGCUGGAGGGCACAUGCUAUGGGUAGAAGUAUAUCAACAUUCAGCAACCUGGAACACAAAGUCAGACUGAAACUAUAAGUUAUUACAGGCAGUUUAAAAAAAAAAAUCAGGAUUAAUGGAGGGGCAGGAGAGAAGGGAAGUUAAAUACUUGAACUCAAGAGAAUAAAGGUAUUCUAGAUCAAGAUUAAAAACAAAAGCAAAAGUCCCUUUUAAAAACAAAUCAAAUAUUUGCAGCUUCACCUCUUAUAGUAACAAAAAAAUACUGUCUAGAAACAAAAUUAGCAUUUUUAACAUGCUACCUCAAAAUGUAAACAAUAUACAAACUGCUUAUGUUAAACAAAGUUAUACCUGGGUAAUACAUCUUUAAAUGAUAAAAUUGCAUUUAGUUAUUUUAUAUAUAUAUAUAUAUAUAUAUACACACACACACACACAGUAUGGCAACAAAAAUGGCAAAAUGGGGUAAGUGCUAAAGUGGAUAGAUAUUUUAGGGCUUUUAUACCACUCAAGGCAUUGAGACAACCAAAUAGGGUUUAACAGAGGAUUCUUUGCUCCCUAUCUAGAGUUAGAAAAGAAAUGACAAGGUCUUAAAUCCUUAGUGUUGUGUGUUUUGGCUGCAGGAACGACUUGUUUUGAUUU